CCACUCAACACCUCACCCCUCAACUGCACUAACGACAUCACACAUCGCUUUCAACCCAAAGAUAGACAUAUUGUCACAUACACAGCAAUCACCAUGUCAGAUUCAAAAGGCCACGUCCAAGAACCCAAGAACUUCGCUCCCAAGGUGCCCGUCACACUCGACCCUCCAAAGAGCGACCCCAUCACGCAAGAUUAUCUGGCCAAGUGCGAUGGUACGCAUGAGGGUUAUCCGACAUAUGUUGCGAUAAAGGGCAAAGUCUACGACGUAUCUAACAAAGAUGCCUACGGACCGGGAGGGCAAUAUCAUGUCUUCGCCGGCAAAGACGCCUCACGUGCGCUCGCGAAGUCGAGUCUGAAAGCCGAGGAGGCGGUGCCGCAAUGGCAGGAUCUGGACGACAAGGAGAAGACGGUACUGGAGGAGUGGGUUACGUUCUUCAGUAAGCGGUACAAUGUCAUGGGCGUUGUGCAGGGGGCUUCGAACUUAUGAGGCAAGGGGACAUGUAGAAGGUGGUCUGGAUGAGGCAUACGCAGCAUAAUGCUUGAUAUCAAGA